AUGUCCCAACCGCCACCAACUGGCCUCGUCGUCGGACCAUGUCACCACCAGGGCUCCGAGCGCUUCGACGCCGACGCCCUGCGCGCACUGCGCCAGCGCGAGACCUUCUGGCGUGCGUAUAGGAUGGUGCCGCCCUCGCUGGCCUGGCCCGCUACCGAUGCCUACCACGUACCCGUCGACACCCUCGGCGAGGACCCCCUCCUCUACCUCGUCCCGGACUGUCAAGCGCAUCGCAACAACCUGACGGCGCUGUCGAGUGUCUACAAUCUGUACUUUGCCGCCUACCAGAACCAUGUCUUCGUCUAUCGUCCCAUGCUCACGGCCGCGCCCAACCUGUCGAAACACCCGCAGGUCAAAAUUCGAUUCGAACCCACCAAGCAGGGCCUCGACGUGGGCGGCGCCAUCGAUACUGUCUUCCGGGGGCAGUCCCUCAACCACAUCAUCGUGGGCCUGCUGGGCCACGACGAAAUCCUGCUCGGCUGCGCCGACAAUGGGGACGUCACCGCGUACUACACCCAGGACAUAGCAGCGCACGCCUACGGGGAGAGCCAGUCGGAGAGGAGCCGUAGGCCUCUGAGACCGUGCUUCCGCUCCAACGUCAACAAGAGUGCCUGGGGUCUCGCCAUACACACAAAGUCGCGCCUCAUCGCCGUCAGCACCAACCGCGCCGAGGUCACCGUCCUCGCGCCUGCCCUGCACAGCAACACGGCCCGCGAGGCGGCGUGCACUACGCCAGAGGACAGGGUCCGCGCGCGCUGCCGCGACUGGCGCAUCAUCGUGGCCUUGCCGGCGCAGACCAGCAACCUGCCCAAUGUGACUUUCAUGGACGACGAGCACGGGAACGCGGAGAAGAUCUGUGCCAUCGACAUCAACGGCGCCGUCUUCGUCGCCGACAUCUGGCGUGCCAACCGUGGGGUGCUGCGCAUCCGACCCGCCGACGGGUACCUGCGCCAGAGCGAGGAGGAGAUGGGCCAGUCGUCCCGGGGCUGGGGCGUCCUCGCGCUGCACAGGAAGCAUUUUAUGACAGUCAAGACGAUACAGGAGUUGACGGGGCUGGCCCUGAAUAGCAUCUGCCUCAGCUAUCCGGGGAGCGCCGCGCAAUUUCGCCGCGCCAACAUUGCGACGGCGCUGCAGAAUAUACCCGACAAUCCGUCACGAUGCUUUGUGCCACCGCUGCCGCUGUCGUUGGACAGUGACUUGUCCGCCUCUCAAGAUGAAUCGGAAGAAGAGGAAGACGAGGAGGAGGACGAGGAGGAAGGAGAAGAAGAGGAAGAAGGCGAGUCAGACGAUGACGAGGAGGAGGACGACGAAAACAGCGGUAUCCAUCAUGGUACUGUUCUGGCAGAAGACCCCGGGCCCGCGCCGAUUCCCCUCGCCUCCUUCAUCACGCAGGCCGUCGAGAACCACCUGAACGAGACGCGCGGAGAGAUGGCCGCGGCCGAUGCCCAAGGCAGCCUUCCCGUGCCCCGGGUAUACCAUCCGCACCUGGGGGCCAUACGGCACGAGUGGCCGGAAGGGCAUCUACCCGACCCCACGCCCGACUGCAAAACAGGGACCCGCAAGGCCUAUAGCGACCCGAUGAGCUUCGUGUACCCCAAGGAGUACUGCCGGGAGCUGUACCAAAACAACCUGCCACACGACGACGCGGCGCACGACCUGGCGCAUGGCUACACGAUCCUGCGGACGUACGAGAAGGACUUUGAGCUGAUCCCUGCCGUGCGGGCCACGUUUGGCAGCUUCUUUGACAAGAUAGGCCUCUACUGCUCGGACGCCCUCCGCUGCGAGGAGCUGGCGCACGAGGGACCCGACACGGACCUGUUCAUGACGACGAGCCGGCUCAACAUGCUGGCCCACGUACCCGAGCUGUGCAUGGUGGUCAUCGGCUCGGCCACGGGACGGGUUCUGCUGGCGACACUGACGUGUCUGGCGAAUGCUCGCAUGCACCCCCUUGUUAAUCAUCGUGGCGAUUCGUCCCGUCUCAAAUACGGCAUGCGUCUGGAGGCGGUUCUGCCGAGGAAGAGUGAGGAGGCGCGGUACAGGAGACACGACGGCACGAAGCGGCCCCUGCAUGGACUGGCCGUGGGCCGGGUACCGCAGGCUAGGGGUGGUGACCGGCAGGCUGCCGAGACGCCGCUGCGGUACCGGAUCAUGCUGCAUUAUCGGGACCAUACCAUCCUGACAUAUGAGGUGACGAGACAUGUGGAGACGGGCAUGCUGUGUCUGUUUUGA